GGGGGUUACUUGCUGUGUGCUGAGCUUGUGUUUGUCAGUCUGUUUGGUUUGUUUGUUUGAAGGACCGUGUGCUGUAGCUGGCAGUUGGAGGUGGAGCUACUAAGAAGGUUUGAAAGCUAGAAGCCUCUGGUAAUUGGCUGAGCCUUAACCAGUGGGCGGGGCAUUCACUCAGGCCAGGGCUUUAUAUAGCUGCGCACAAGCGACCAGGGAGCUUAGCGACCAGGAGCUGCUAACAGGGAGUUUUGCAAGGGAGUUUGGAAGGGGAGUAGGAAGGGAGGGGGGGUCCCUUGUCGGUCUCAUCUGUGACCCAUUGGUCCCCUGAACCCAUAACCUGAGCCACAUCGAAAACCUUUCUGUUUACAGCAGAGGGGAAUUUGAGAGAGUUUGACAGAGGGAGGCUUACAAUGGUGAGGAGGACCCGCAACACCUGUGCCAGCACUGCUUCUGUCUCCUCCACCUGCGCCUGUAGCCAGACAGAGCACCAAAGCAUGGAUGCUUUUACCCAGAUUCUGGUGUGGGCUUGCAAAGACUGUAAUUUGCAAUUUCCACUUACCGAUAUCCAGGCUGGGGGUGGCAUCCAAUGUGAAAGGUGCCUACUGGUGGAAUCUCUCAGGCAGCAGGUGGGAGAGCUACAGGAGGAGGUGGCCAGGCUGAAGAACAUCCAUGUCCAUGAGCAAUUCCUGGACAGUAUCCAUGUGGAGACAGCUGAUGGUGCUGUCCCAGUUAACAGGACUACCGACACUCCAGUGGAGGAGGAGAUGCCUCAGGGUGUAUCUGACACACCAGUGGAGGAGGAGGCUCAGGGUGGACACAGCCAGCUGGUUACUUCUAGCAGCAGGCAGUGCUCCACCGCUGCUGCAAACCCUCCUGUUGUGGUAAAAGAUAACCAUUAUGCUCUUCUUGAUACAGGAGAGAAGAAAUCACCCCCAACAGUUAAGGGGGUGAAGCCUCGUACCCCUAAGGCUGGGAGGUCUGCUGCCACCACUGAUAAGAAACGUAGGGUAGUGGUGGUUGGAGACUCUCUGCUGAGGGGGACGGAGACACCCAUCUGUCGCCCUGACUGUUCAUCCCGGGAGGUAUGCUGCCUGCCAGGGGCCCGUAUCCGAGAUGUUACAGAGGCUUUGUCGAGGAUUAUCCGGCCUUCUGACUACUAUCCCAUGCUACUCAUCCAUGUGGGCACAAAUGAUACUGCGAGGUGUGACGCUGAGCAGAUCAAGAGUGACUACAGGGCUCUGGGAGUACGGGUUAAGGAGUUUGGAGCGCAGGUGGUAUUCUCUUCAAUUCUUCCUGUUGAAGGUAGGAGUCCAGGCAGAGACAGAUGCAUCGUGGAGGUGAAUGCCUGGCUGCGAAGAUGGUGUCGCCAGGAGGGCUUUGGCUUCCUCGACCACGGGAUGCUAUUUGAGGAAGGACUGCUAGGAACAGAUGGCGUUCACCUUUCGAAGAGGGGAAAGGCCUUAUUUGCGCACAGACUGGCUAACCUAGUAAGGAGGGCUUUAACCUAGGUUCAACAGGGACAGGUGAGCAAAGCCCACAGGUAAGUGGGGAACAAGACCUGGGAGAUGGGUUGGAAACAGGAGGGAGCACGGGCUAUAAUGGCAGAGAGGAAGGAGGGUCAGGGCAAAGCAGGGAGGCAAGAUCAAACCAGUAUCUUAGAUGCCUUUAUACAAAUGCAAGAAGUAUGGGUAAUAAGCAGGAAGAACUGGAAGUGCUAAUAAAUAAAUACAACUAUGACAUUAUUGGCAUUACUGAAACUUGGUGGGAUAAUACACACGGCUGGAAUGUUGGUGUGGAUGGGUAUAGUUUGCUCAGGAAGGACAGAUAGGGGAAAAAGGGAGGAGGUGUUGCCUUAUAUAUUAAAAAUGUACACACUUGGACUGAGGUGGAGAUGGACAUAGGAGACGGAAGAGUGGAGAGUCUCUGGGUUAGGCUAAAAGGGGUAAAAAACACAGGUGAUGUCGUGCUGGGAGUCUACUACAGGCCACCUAAUCAGGCGGAAGAGGUGGAUGAGGCUUUUUUCAAACAACUAACAAAAUCAUCCAAAGCCCAAGAUUUGGUGGUGAUGGGGGACUUCAACUAUCCAGAUAUAUGUUGGGAA